AGGGCCAGGAGCGGCUGCCGCUUGCGGGGCGCGGCCGGCACUGGUGCCUGGGCAUUAGUGCGGAGCGGGGCCGGCCCUGCCCUGGGCCGAGGCGCGGGGGCAGAAGCAGGCCCUCCACAGCUUCCUCCGCCCGCGAGGCCUCCCGAGGAGCGCGGGGCGGAGCCGGGUUGCGCUGCUGCUGCCGGCCCUGACAGCUCUUGCCUCCUACUUCACGUCCCGUCACUGCUUCCUUUCCUUGCCCUCCUCUCACAGACACCGGUGCUGCUCGGGGUAGGACUGCUGGCCCUCAGUUGCAGCUAAAGGGCAGAACCAAAACGUCCUGUUAUUUGACACAAUGGAUGAACAGUCACAAGGCAUGCAGGGGCCUCCUGUUCCACAGUUUCAGCCACAGAAAGCUUUACGACCUGACAUGGGGUACAAUACACUAGCCAACUACCGAAUAGAAAAGAAGAUUGGCCGAGGACAGUUUAGUGAAGUUUAUAGAGCAACUUGGCUCCUGGAUGGGGUACCAGUCGCAUUGAAAAAGGUGCAGAUUUUUGAUUUAAUGGAUGCCAAAGCCCGUGCUGACUGCAUCAAAGAAAUAGAUCUUCUUAAGCAACUGAAUCAUCCAAAUGUGAUCAAAUAUUAUGCCUCAUUCAUUGAAGACAACGAACUGAACAUAGUAUUGGAAUUAGCAGAUGCUGGAGACCUCUCUAGAAUGAUAAAGCAUUUUAAGAAACAGAAGAGGUUGAUUCCUGAAAGGACAGUUUGGAAGUACUUUGUUCAGCUUUGCAGUGCACUGGAACACAUGCAUUCUCGUCGUGUCAUGCAUAGAGACAUAAAGCCAGCUAAUGUUUUCAUUACGGCAACAGGGGUAGUAAAGCUUGGAGACCUUGGUCUUGGACGAUUUUUCAGUUCUAAAACCACAGCUGCACAUUCUUUAGUUGACAGCUGUGAUGAUCCCAUAUUCAGGCCAAUGCUAAAAGUGGGUACACCUUAUUACAUGUCUCCUGAGAGAAUACAUGAAAAUGGAUACAACUUCAAAUCUGACAUCUGGUCUCUAGGCUGUCUGCUGUAUGAGAUGGCUGCUCUGCAGAGUCCCUUUUAUGGUGACAAAAUGAACUUGUACUCCUUGUGCAAGAAAAUAGAACAGUGUGACUAUCCACCUCUCCCUUCAGAUCACUAUUCAGAGGAACUGCGACAAUUAGUUAAUAUGUGCAUCAACCCAGAUCCCGAGAAGCGACCAGACAUAACCUACGUCUAUGAUGUAGCAAAACGUAUGCAUGCACACACUGCGAGUAGCUAAACAGAGAACAGAUUAUGAAGAAAUGAACGCAACAUGUUCAAGGAUUUUAAGCAGAUUUUUUGCCUGUUACAUAAAUGUGAUUAUUCAGAGCUGACUGACAUGCAGUGAUUUGUAAAUCAAUUUAGACCCAAACUUAAUCAAUUUGCAAUUUUGAAAAGUAGAUUUCAGUGUAAAAAAUGGAAUGGAUUUAAAACAAAGCUUAACAUACCAAAUAGUAGUUCCUAACAUUUUUAAAGGUGAAAUGAUUUUAGUGUAUUUUUCUCUUUAAAAAAUUGUAUUUUGUUGGGAUUUCAAAAUUCUAAAUAAUCCUUAAGUUGCAAUUUUGCACAAUACUGAUAUUAGGCAUGUUACAUCAAAGCAAAAUAUCUGACACUUUCUCACCUUUUCAAUAACUUACAGAGGUGAAGAAUAAGCAUAAUUCAGUAAAUUUAUUUUAAUAUUUUUAUUUCUACAGAAACACUUUGAAGUUUAUUGUAUUUUAUAAUGUGGGUUGCAAUUUGCAGUUCUGUUUUUCAAGGUCAAUGUAGACAAAAAUCCUCAUUAUCUGUGUGGUUUAAAUGCAACUUUUAAUUUAGGGAAAAAGUUUGAGGGAAGUUGUCAGUCAGACACUGAGAAAUCUUUGUAUCUUGUCCUUUCCCCCUUGAGUUACAGUAGCAUAAAUCAACCCAGAGUGUUUGCUUUGAACAUUGGUGUGGCUGAUUUGAAGUCCUGCAUCCUGAAAUCUGAUCUCUAUGAGUAGAUGCACCUAUGCAGUAGUUUGCAAACCUGAUUAGGCCUGCAUAGUCAGAGCCUAAGACUUAUGCAAACCUCUAUUGUUUUUUUUCCCUGUGCAAACAUGUGUCUCUGUCAUAGCAGAUCAGACUGAAAGAUAUGGGCUUUAAGUUACAAAUCCCCACGUAUUUAUGUUUGUUUCUGUUGUAGAUUUUGUUUUUUAUAAAUCCUUUGGAUCACCUGACAGUAAUAUAUUUUAAAUUUCCUUUAAAAUACAUUUUUAAUUCAGAAACCUGUUGGCAAAACUAUAAUUGUAUCCUGUAAUACAAAUGUAUGCUUCAUUAAAUACAUGAUUUUUAUAUACUGUAUUUACCUGGUGCUGCUUCAUCUGUACAAUCUAUAUAUUUGCAGAUUAUAUUUGAAAAUAUCUUACCAGUAUUUUCAAUUUAAAAGCAUGUGCACAGUAUGUUGGUUAAACUCCAGUAUCAGUCACUGUCUAUACAUGAAUGACUUAUUUUAUUGGCAAGUUAAAGGAAAUAAACACAGUACUUUUAUAUAAAAAAUGUUCAGGGAAGUUGAGAUCUGAUUCCUCUGAAUUUGAGAUCAUAUUUUUGGCAAACAUACCAAGCUAUCAAAAUGAAUCAUUGCUGUAAGUUUGACACAGAAAAUUGUAUUGAUAUCAGUUAUGUUUUCGAGUUUUGAAGUCAGUUAAAUUUUUUUAUAUAAAAAUAUUAGGGAAAAGUAAACUUGUAGUACUCGUGUAAAUAUUGGUCUGUAUACAUUCAAUUCACUAUGCAUUCAACAUUUGCAUCUUUGUUUCUCCAUAUUUCCUGUAAUAAAGUUUUCAUGGUCAGUAUGUGGCAUAAUGAA